AUUAUUAUAUUGUACUACUUUAAUUAUCACAGUCUUAAAUCAAUUCACAUGAUUACAAUUGCUAAAGUAUAGCAGCGGUUCUUUUUGUUAGUUAUCUUAAGUCUUUUCUUACUUGACAUUUUUCAAAUUAGGAAAAGUUUGGGGUAAAAUUUCAUGCAUCGGACUAUUAGUUGGUUUACUUAUCGAUUUACUUAAUAUAUAUAUAUAUAUACCUAGCCCAUCCAUUCAACAAGUUUUAAAUUUAAUUGUUAUUUUAAUUUUCUUUUUACAAUUAAUAUAUUAUAUUAUUUAUUUAGUUUCUUAUUCAAAGUUAACUAAUCUAUCACAUCUAAUCAAGUCAAAAAUUAAAUAUGUCUGUUUCUGAUCCAACAUUUCAAGCCUCUGAAUUCUUACAAUUAUUAGAAGCUGGUUUAGGCAAUGAUGAUACUAGAAAGAAGGCUAUUGCUGGUGCUAAAGCUGUCAUUGUUUUCACUUUAAAGAACAAGGACGGUAAGGAUAAAUCUUGGAUUUUAGAUUUAAAGAAAGAUGGUACUAUCAAGGCUGUUGAAGGUGCUCUUCCAAAAUCUGAUGUUCAAUUAAUUUUAAAGGAUGCUGAUUUUGUUAAAUUAGCUGAAGGUAAGGCUAAUGGUCAAAAAUUAUUCAUGAACGGAAAAUUAAAGGUUAAAGGUAACUUGAUGAAGGCUACUGCCAUUGAAGCUGUCUUCAAGCAACUUGACCCAAGACCAAAAUUAUAAGCUUGCAUUAAAUCUAUUAUUAAUAUACUAGAUUAUAACCUUUAUAAUACAAUUAUUAUGUAAUAAUUUAAUUAUCUUGUGCUUGAUGCAUUUGCAAUUAUUUAUAUUACUAUAGUUGUAUAUAUGCUUAUAUAUUAGUCUUUGCUAACUAUUAUCUGGUUAAUUAUUAUUUAUUUUAUCGAUUUAUUUACAUUUUUAAUCUUUUUUAUGGAUUCAUGAAGAAUGAAAAAUAUAUGAAAUUUAGAUUCAUAAU